CCUACGUUUCAUCCGGCCCAUAAUCAACAGCCCAAUAGAUCCAACGGCCCUUUUGAGUUUUAGCAACAAUUAUCCCUUUUAUUAUUUUAUUUUAUUAUUUGGGUAAAAGCAUCUCUGAUAUUUCUCCCGGGAAAAUCAUUUGAUUCUGAGACCACCGCACUCCACCACUAAGCCACCACCUGAGUUUCUUCCUAUGGUCCUCAAAUUCAUCUUCCGUCCUCAUUCUCCCAACUUUAACUUACUCUCUCUGUCUCCCCAGUACUUCCCGAAGCCCCUUUCUCUCCCCUUUUCCUCCACCAAAUCCUUUACCCCCACCACCGUCGCCGCCACCUCCUCAACCCCUUCUUACGGUCCCUCCCUUCAGAAGGGCUACAAUCCUUCUCCCAUUUAUCCCAAUUCAAAACCCCCAGAAGAAACUCAUAAUCCCAUUUCAUUUAACGAAGAGAACUUCACCCGAGUGUUCGACCUUGCCGCCCUUCGUGUCCCCUCGGAGCAUUGCUUUGCGCUAGAGAGCCGCCUGCGGGGGCACCUCCUUAACUGGCCUAGGAUUCGGAACAUUGCCAGAGUCCCUGGAGAUGAAAUUGAUGAUGAAUUGAGAGAAUUGUUUGAUGAUUCUUCCAAUUCCGAUGGCAACUCGAUUGGUGAUGAUGACACAUUGGUGAGUUUAAACAGACGAAUUUACGGAAAGGCUGAUGGGGAUGGAGAGCCAUUGAGUCCAGUCCUGUAUAGGGAUAAGUUAUCCAGGACUUUUAACUCCAAGGGGUAUGUAAAGUUUAGGAAUUUGGCGAAAAUUUCAAGGCCGAAAAAGGGAAGGCAGAAGAAGAAGGAGGAGCAUGGAAAUGAUGGGGGAAAGAAAAGCGGGAAUGAUAAGAAUGGGAUAGCUUUAGUGCAGGUUGUUGAAGCUGAAGAGGAGGAAUGUGAGGGUGGUGAUAUGAGUGGUUUGUUAGGCUAUGAGUUUAAGGGAGUGACCAAAUGGAGGGGUUCCACAAGAUUGUUGCUUUUGGAUGAAACUUAUGUGGAUAAGAGGACUGAGGACUUGCCUGCCGCCAUUAAGGCACUUUUUGAACAGUAUAAUGACAAGAAUGGGCCAUCGGCUAUUGAGCUAGUGAAAUGCAAGUUGACGCUGUUUUAUAAUUACUGGCAGAUGAAUGAGGUUCUGGAAACCAUUUUACCUGAGGGUAUGAUUGUUCCUUCAGGUUUUGAGACCAUUGGGCAUAUUGCUCAUCUGAAUCUGAAAGACGAACAUCUUCCAUACAAGAAUAUAAUCGCAAAGGUAGUUUUAGACAAAAACAAGAAAAAAGUACAAACAGUUGUUAAUAAAGUAGACAUCAUCCAGAACGACUUUAGGACGAUGCAGCUUGAAGUUUUGGCUGGAAACCACUCUCUUGUGACUACUGUGAUCGAAAACGGGCUGCGGUUUCAUGUCGAUUUAGCCACGGUAUACUGGAAUUCUAGGCUUUCAACUGAGAGACAGAGGCUUCUGAAUUACUUUACACGCGAAGAUGUUGUCUGUGAUGUCUUUGCUGGGGUGGGUCCAAUAGCUCUAUCAGCUGCUAGGAAAGUUAAGUGUGUUUACGCCAAUGAUUUGAAUCCUUGUGCAGUUGAUUACUUAGAAAGAAACUGUGUGCUGAAUAAACUGGAGCGGAAGAUCAAGGUUUUCAACAUGGACGGAAGGAGGUUUAUUGACACUAUUUUUGCAAGUGAAAAAGCUCGCCCAAUAACACAAGUAGUCAUGAAUUUGCCAAAUGACGCGGCAGAAUUUCUUGAUGUCUUCAGGGGAAUAUUCCGAAGACAUCAGAAGGAUAAAGAGCACCCUUUACCCAGAAUUUAUGUGUACGGGUUCUCAAAAGCUCCUGAUCCUGAGUUUGACAUCCACGAGCGCAUCAGAAUCGCUCUGUCUGAGGUGGCUUUCGAAGUGGAUGUGCGUAAAGUUCGCCUUGUUGCUCCAGGUAAAUGGAUGUUGUGUGCAUCGUUUAUCCUACCUCACAUCGUGGCAUAUGCAAAAAACAGUGCCAAUCUUGUAAACUAGAGAUGUUUUUGGCUUCGCUACCUGAAGAUCAGGUGUAAGCUAGAAUGUAUAUGUGUAUUCAUCAAACCUCCAGGUUCUUUUAGUCCUUUUUUGUUUUGUGUUUUUUUUCCCUGCGGAUGCAGGAAUUAUUUAAGUUAAUGUUCAAGGUUAGUUUCUGCCUUUUUGGAGAGAAUAGCUGAGUAAAGAAUGUACAAAUGAUCCAAAGACUUGAUCCCGAACUUUCUGUAUACUUCUAUGAUCCAAGUUAAUGAAAGAUCUCUAGUUUUACUUUCUUGCCGUCGAA